AGUGCUAGCGGUGGGCGGAGAGGUUGUGGUGAGUGUGACCGGCGGAACAGCUCCCGGGAGAUAUUUGGGCGUGAAACAUUACAUUGUGUGGUGUUUUAUUGAAUGAUUAUAACGUGCCCUACCACCACCACUACCACCUCAGGUCACGACAGUGAGGGCGCAGCGUGGCAGCAUCCCUGUGGCGUCGGUGACUGGCUGGCGUGCGUGUGUGGUGUGCGAGGGGUGUGCAGACGCCAUGAGUGGGGCUGGGCAUGGCAGAGCUGUGUGGCGGGUGUGACUUGCCUAGCUGGGAGAUAUUCGGCAAGUUCCACGGCCAGAUACCAGGGAACAGUGCUAACGCCUUACAGUUCCUCCGCGAGCACGGUGUCCUGCCCAGCCGCGUGUGGUGCCCGCGGUGUGGAGUGCCCUGCCACCUCCGCAAAGACUCGCCGCGGUGGUACUGCAGCUCCUACACGGUUGACAAGAACAGUAGGAAGAGGAUUCGUUGUAACUUCUCCAUUUCUGAUUACAAAGACACGUUUUUCGAGCGAGCACAUGUGGAGCCGUGGAAAGUUGUGCUGUUUGUGAACCAUUGGCUGCGGAAACACUGGGACCACGCUGAGGUGAUAAAUAACUUGAAAUUUUCCACCGAAACUUCCGUUCAGUGGCGGAAGAACUGCUCGCUGGUGACGGAGACCUGGCUGGAGCGGCAGGAGGCGAUCGGUGGACACGGGGUAGUGGUGGAAAUUGACCGUAAACUCGUCUGGAAACGGCGACCCAAGGAGGGGAAGUCAAAGAAUCAAGUGUGGGUCUUCGGCGGGAUAGAGCGCCAGACAAAACGUAGCUUCGUCAUUCCUUUCAUAGACAAGAUAGGGAGAGAAGCUGUCCUCCCUGCCAUCACUGAGAACAUCCUACCGGGGUCUGUGGUGGCGUGCGGCGCGUGGGGGGCGUCACUACCUCUGCAGAAGCUUGGCUACACCCUCAUCAUCGCCCAGGAGGAGGAGGAGGAGGACGGGGAGGAAAGUAACGAGCUACACGCACUCAGCACACCCAAGACACAGGAGGUCAAAGAGGAAGCAAGAUACAACCUUUUUACACCCAAAGAGGAGGCUGACACACCCGACACACACCCAUUCACACACACGCUAACCAACUCCAUUACCGAGGAAUCCAACACACCCGACACAGCAUCCGCACACCUGCUACCGCACACGCACACCAUCAGGGAGCUGUGGCAGGACCUGAAGGACUGGGUGAGGCGUCCUGGCAUGCGAUCUGAGUACUUAAAGGAAUAUAUAUCGAGGUUUUUGUUCAUCCGCCAUCAUAAGGAGCAGCACCUUCACCAUUUCUUCACCGAGGUGGCACACUACUUCCCGCCACACGCUCACCUCACCAAACCUGACUUAACUUAGCUGGUGAUACACGCUGAUACUUGGUGAUAUUGAUACGCUGAUACGAAGAUUUAGAAAGGUUGGGAAAAGUGCUCAACUAACUACUACUACUACUACUACUACUACUACUACUACUACUACUACUACUACUACUACACAA